CUCUAGCUCUGAAACCCUUGGCUCAGCAUCUCUCCACAUCGUCGCAACGUCAAUCCACUAGAUAGGCAAUCGGAGAGCGAAGAGAAAUCGAGAGAUCGUCUCAGUUCCAGUCAAUUCUCGCUUUGGUCCAUUUCUCAACCGACAUGGCAUCUGGAUCGUCGGGUCGGCCCAGCUCGGGUUCCAAAGGAUUCGAUUUUGGCUCCGAUGACAUCCUUUGCUCUUACGACGACUUCGCCAAUCAGGAAUCAUCCAACGGAACUCAUUCCGAUCCAAUCCCCGCUUCCAAUCCCUCCAAGGGUUUUGAGAAAAGCAGGUUGUCUAGGUCAUCUGGGUACCAAGCUGCUUCCUAUGGUCACUCUGAUGAUUCCUUCCUCCAAGAUGUGAUCUCUGCAGUCGAUAAGAGUAUGAAAAGACAUUCUGAAAACCAGAUGCGGUUUCUUGAAGGAAUCAGUUCCCGCCUCUCCCAGUUGGAGUUAUAUUGUUACAAUCUCGAUAAGUCAAUUGGAGAAAUGCGAUCUGAUUUAACUCGUGACUAUUCUGAGACAGAUACAAAGCUCAAAGCUGUUGAGAAACAUCUUCAAGAGGUUCAUAGAUCUGUCCAGAUUCUAAGGGAUAAGCAAGAACUUGCCGAGACUCAGAAAGAACUAGCUAAACUUCAGCUUGUACAGAAGGAAUCCUCUUCAUCAACCCAUUCACAAUCUCCCGAGGAGAGAAAAACUUCAUCACCAUCUGCUUCUGAUCCAAAAACGAAUGACAACACCUGUGAAUCACAUAACCAACAAUUGGCUCUUGCUCUUCCACAGCAGCAUCAGCAGAUAUCUUCUCCUCCACCCUCCCAAUCCCCUCAACUGACUGUAGCACAACAGCAACCUCAGACCUAUUAUCUUCCAACUGGCCAGCCAUCUCAGAGCCCAUACAUGCCUCCCGAUUCUCAAUAUCGAUCAAACCAAAUGCAAGGGAUGCCAUCUCAACCAGCUCCAGCGCAAGUGAAUCAGGGACCACCACAGCCUAGCCAGCAGCAGUAUCAUCCUCAGUAUCAACAGCAGUGGCCGCAGCAGGCAACUCCCAUGCAGCACCCCCAAGUGAGGCCGCUAUCAUCAAAUGCGGUUUACCCUCCCUAUCCUCAUAGUCAGUCAUCAACUGCUGCUGUUGCUGCUGCUCCACAACAAGAGACAAUGUCGAGCAGCAUGCCUAUGCCUUCAUCUUACUCCACAGUUCCGCAGCCUUAUGGGUAUGGCGGAACCACGAGGCCAGUUCCUCAGCAGCAGCUUCAACAACCUCAACAAAUUAAGGUCCCAUUUGUGGGUCAAGCAGGCGAUGGAUUCACGAUUACUGGACCACUUGGUGCCCUCCCGCCUGGGAGUGCAUAUAUGGUAUAUGAGGGCGAAGGGGGGAGGGCUCAUUUCUCACAAGGUGGGUACCACCCUCCACCAAACCUUCCUCUCCAGAGUUCUCAGCAGCCAGGUGGUGCAGCAGCAGCUCCUAACAUGAUGCCCAGGAAUCCCGGUCAGGGCCACUUCAUCCGCAACCAUCCUUACAACGAGUUGAUUGAGAAGUUGGUGAACAUGGGUUUCAGAGGGGAUCAUGUGAUGGGCGUGAUUCAGAGGAUGGAGGAAACUGGGCAGCCCGUUGAUUUCAAUGCUGUGCUUGACAGGUUGAGUGUGCAUUCUUCUGGGAGCUCUCAGAGAGGAUGGUCGGGAUGAGAACACUUCUCUCGUCUCUCUAUUGUCUCGAGCUUCUAGAGUCAGCAGCUGUGGUUGUCAAAGUUAAUGAGUGUUGAAUUGAAUAAAUGAUGUCAGUGAAUGACAAAGUGAGGAUGUAAAUGUGUCUGUGAUGAUGGUAAAAGGGUAAAGAGUACUGCAGUGUAUCUACAUGGCUAAUUUCUGUGCUAGGGCUACUUUUUUUUAGUGCCAAGUGAUGGAUGGAGUUGUUUCCCUAUGGUUUUUAGGAAGGGGGAACUCCAUUUCCACUCAUUAGUGUUGUCUUCUCUUGAGGAUCGCUUGGAAUGGGCGGUUAGUGCUGCCUGUAUGUGAUGUUCCUGUCCUUAAGCGAACCGUUUGAACUUUCGGAAUAAAGCUGACUUAUGCUU